GUGACUUCUGACCUAUGCGUGACCUGUGACCCCCAGGGGAGACGGCCCUCCACAUGGCGGUGGUCAACCAAGAUGCGCGAUUGGUCCGAGAGCUGGUGGCGCGAGGGGGAGACGUCCAGACCCCCCGAGCAACGGGCAACUUGUUCACCCGCGGACCCCACACCCAGAGUGGACCCCCCACUGCGGCCCUGGUCUACUGUGGGGAACACAUCCUGUCGUUUGCCGCCUGCACGGGGAACGAGGAGAUUGUCCGGGCGGUGGUCGCUGCCGGCGCCGAUAUCAGAGCGACAGAUUCACUGGGGAACACGGUCUUCCACCUGUUGACCCUGCAGCCAGACCGCAUUACCUGCUGCCGCACCUACGACCUGAUCGAGAGUCUGGAGAGGGAGAGGGGGGGCGAGGGGGGGGGCGGGGACAUCCCCAAUAACCAGGGACUCACCCCCCUCAAGAUGGCCGCUGUGGAGGGGAACGUGGUGAUGUUCCAGCACCUGAUGACCAGGAGGUGUCUCGGGGAGUGGAGGUUGGGGGGAGUGACGACUCGACUCUAUGACCUGGAGCAUCUCGACUCGUCCAACGAUGACCAGUCAAUCCCCACUCUGGUUCUGGCCAGUCCCAGACCACAGGCACUCUGCAUCCUGGACCUGUCUCCGUUGAAGGAGUUGAUCUCACUGAAGUGGGAGGGUUGUGGAAGACAUUAUUUCCGUCUCCUCACGCUGGUCUACAUCCUCUACAUCAUCACCUUCACCCUCUGCUGUGUACACCGGCCCCUCUCUCCCCGUGUCCACAACGUCACCGACCCCAGAGACACAACCGUGAUGGUGCAGAGACGUCUACAGGAGGCGUACACGAGCCGUGACGACCAGAUCCGUCUGGUGGGAGAGAUGAUCAGUGUGGUGGGGGCCAUCAUCACCCUGCUGCUGGAGAUCCCAGACAUUUUCCGGUACGGGGCACGAAGAUAUUUUGGUAAAACUGCUCUUGGCGGCCCCUUCCACAUCAUCAUCAUGAGUUACUCGUGUCUGGUGUUGACCAUCUUGGUGUUGAGACUGACAGAGACGGGGGGAGAGGGCAUCCUCAUGUCCCUCGCUCUGGUCCUGGGAUGGACCAACCUCAUCUACUUUGGCCGAGGCUUCCCCAUGCUGGGUCCGUUCACCAUCAUGCUCUCUGCAGCUUUCCAUUUGACAUUCCAGACCCUGGAGCCGGACCUAUGGCCCCAUUUCCGUGACUUCAGCAGCUGCCUGUUCACCAUGUUCCAGCUGUUCCUCGGCCUGCUGGACAUCCCCAUCAACUACCAGCGUUGGACCCCCAACAUCAUCAAGGUCCUCUACGUCUCCUACAUGGUCUUUGCCUUCCUGCUGAUGGUCAACCUGCUCAUCGCCAUGAUGGGCGACACGCAUUGGAGGGUGGCCCAUCAACGGGACCAGCUGUGGAGGGCUCAGGUUGCUGCCACCACGAUACUCCUGGAGCGACACAUCCCCCGGUGUCUGUGGCCCAGGGUCGGCAUCGACGGGGAGAGACUGGGUCUGGGAGAGAGAUGGUUCCUCAGGGUAACAGAGCGGGCUGACCAGUGUGGGCAGAAGAGGCAGCGAUACUCCCGGCAGCCCGAGUUCGCGGGGAGGGAGGGGGGAGCGCUGGGCGAGAGGGAUGCAAGAGGGGGGAGACUGGGGCAGGGGUGGGAGACAGUGCGGAGAUCUGCGCUCACCAGACCGUUCGGCCCACGGUCUGAGUGGGUGUUUCAUGUAUGAACGGGGGGAGGGGGGGGAAGAGAGGGAGGGGGAGAGGG